AUGGCGGCCGUUACGCAUGUCGAAGACGUUGGCGUGGAGAUGAUGAACCGGGUGAUCCUUUCGAACAUGAGCGACACCUGUCCCCUCUGCAUUGAGGUAGUGCAACAGUUUGUGGUCACUAUUGUCGUCGCCCUCGAGCACGGUUUCGACGAAGACGGCGACUGGAUCCAGAGAGAACUAGACGGCGAUGUCAAAGAGAAUCGACGCAAGCGACGCUUGGUGAACAUGAUGCCUGGCUUCAAGGACGCCAAGGGGCGCGCUGAGUGGGAGGCCGGCCAUUUGCGUUCUGAGAAGCGCAUUUACUCAGAAUUCAAGCUGAUGGAUUCGAAAACGCGACACGCGGUGCUGUACGCCUUCGGGGCACGUUUUGGUAAGGACAAGGCCACGAUUGAUGGCUUGCUGGCAUCCGAAGCCGUGGAGCUCGGAUACGAGCCCCAGUCCGCUCCCUCCCGAGGAGAAAUGAGCGCCGCGGGAAGCUCCCGCGUGGCGUAA